UAUCCCUUUUAUUUUAUUUAUUUUUAUUUUGUUGUCAUAUUUUAAGCAGCUCAACUUAAUUUCGGUCUAUAUUGAAUUUCUAGAUUUUAUGUUUCGAACAUCAAGUACUACUUCAACACGUAGUCCUUAUCCUACUUCCGGACUUAUCUACUUACAUCUUAUAACUCUCAACUUCUUUUCCACGCUAAAGUACUGAUAUAAGCUUCCUUUUUUUUUUAUUAUAUCAGUGUAGCAAGCCACAAAGUAUUGCAGGAAAAAGACAGGAACUUGAGGCCAUUUAUCACUUCUUGGGAAUCUACUUAGUUGGUUUUCUGGGCUCACUUUCUGCAGCUAUUGUCUACUACUUCUACAUUUGGCUAUCUCAAAGCUCUCCUUCACUUCAACACUUGGCAUUUAUUAGCUUAGCUGGAACCUUCCACUGGACACCAUUCACUGUAAUUGCUUAUGCUACCAUAUUUGCUGAAGUCCCUUCAAAUGCAACUAGCUUUGCCAUCUUAUUUUCCUCCACGUACUUAUUUCACGGCAUAAUACUUUGCAUCCUCACAUUUAUUCUGAAAUAUCUCCUCACCACUAAGCCCAACAUGGAGCAAAAUCCCCUGAAAAUAUGGCUUUGUCAUAGAAUUACCAUCGCCAGCCACCUUAGAUUUGCUAAACUCUUGUCUGGAACAGAAGCCUUCUGCAUAUAUCUGCGCCUUUUAGGUGCAGUAGUUGGCAAGCAUUGUUCAAUCAGAGCAAUCAAUCCAGUAUCAGAUCCGGAACUAAUUUCUAUUCGUACCUCUGUCCAUCUUGGUGACUUCAGCAGGAUUAUUUCUGGAUUCUAUUCAACUAAUGGGCUUACUCGUGGGAAGAUUGAGGUACAAAACAAUGCUGUUAUAGGCAGCCAAAGUACAGUCCUCCCUGGAUCAGUGGUUCAAGAAAAUGUUAUUCUUGGUGCACUCUCAGUUGCUCCAAUGAAUUCAACACUCAUAAAGGGAGGUGUUUAUGUUGGUUCUCGAACUCCAGUCAUGAUCAAGAAUACGAUGCACGUGUUGGAUGAAAGGAUAGAAAAGAUGGACAUGAUAUACAAGAAGAUAGUUGGCAACCUGGCUGCAAAUUUAGCUGCUACGACUUUGAAAGUCAAAACAAGGUAUUUCCAUCGAAUUGGCGUUAGUGGGAAGGGACAUUUAAAAAUAUAUGACAAUAUUAAAGGUUUACCUGAUCACAAGAUAUUCUCUGCUGGGAAGACUUACCCCGUCUUCAUAAGACAUAGCAAUAGCUUAAGCGCCGAUGACGAUGCCCGGAUCGACGCUCGUGGUGCAGCAUUGAGAAUAUUUUCAGACGAAUCAGACACUAGCCCACUCCUUGACUUGACAUUGAAAACAGGCAAUGCGUUCUAUGCAAGGACAAUUGCAGAUUUUGCAACAUGGCUGGUCUGUGGGCUUGCUGCAAGAGAGGAACAUGUCAAGAGAGUACCACAUAUACGUGAUGCAGUAUGGAAUUCUCUCCGGCUAUCCGAUUCAUAUGCAGAACUACACUAUUACUCAAACAUUUGUCGGCUGUUCCGAUUCAAAUAUGGACAGGAAAUGUAUGUGAAGUUCAAAUUGAGGCCUUACGAUAAAACAAUCAACGAGGAUUCUGGUAAGGUUGAGCCAGUUGGAAUUCUCCCACCAGAGACAGGUGCCAUGCCAAGAGCAGAUGAUGACAAACGCCCCUUGCUGUUUUUGGCUGAAGAUUUCCAGAGUCGCGUGAACUCUCCUGGAGGAAUUCGUUACGUUUUUCAGCUCCAAAUUCGUCCAGUUUCACAUGGUGAGGUUGACCGCGACACUGCACUUGACUGCACCAAACCCUGGGAUGAGGCUGAGUUUCCAUGUCUAGAUAUUGGGGAGAUUAAAAUCGACCAAAGUCUAUCAAAAGAAGAAUCUGAAGCACUGGAAUUUAACCCCUUUCUCCGAUGUCCCGAGGUUGAUGUUAUUUCAGCAACAUCAGCCUCCCAGAGUGCUUCAAUCGAUCAUGGACGUUCAUUGAUAUAUGAGAUUUGUCAGCAUUUGCGAAACGGAAGCCCUCUUCCAGAAGCCUGGAAGAUCUUCCUCGAACAAUCAGAUACAAAAGUAGAUCUUUCUGGUUGCCCAGUAGCAGCAGCAGUAAAGCGAAGGGACAAUGAAAAGGCGGCGCUGGACAGGACUUGGUUUCAGAACUUCUGGGUUACAUUCUCUCAACCACUAUUACAAACAGCUCUGCCUUAUUUCAUUAUAGGUUUGGUCAUCUUUUUUCCACUAGCUUAUGUUAUGCACUUGAAGGAAGACAAAAAACUUCCAUUGCAGUGGUUGCUUCCAUUGUUGUGGGUGUCUUCUGGGAUUAUAGCUGCUCUUUGUUGUGUCCUGGCGAAAUGGGUUCUAGUGCAGAAGAAGAAAGACGGGGAAUCGAUAGGCAUUUGGAGCAUAAGGAUUUUCAUGGACACAAUAUGGCAGGCCAUUAGAACGCUGGUGGGAGAUUAUUUCAUGGAAAUGACAACUGGGUCUUUCAUAUUUGUCCUGAUAAUGAAGUUGAUGGGUUCAGAUGUGGAUUUGGAUCAAGGGACUUAUGUAGACAGCAUGGGAGCUCUGUUGAAUCCCGAGAUGGUGAAGAUUCAUAAAGGUGGUAGUGUGGGAAGAGAAGCACUACUAUUUGGACACAUAUAUGAAGGAGGAGGAGAAGUUAAGUUUGGAAAGAUUGAGAUUGGAGAAGGUGGCUCUGUGGGUAGCAGAGCUAUAGCCAUGCCUGGAGUAAGAGUGGAGAGUGAAGCAAGUCUUGCAUCUCUCUCUUUGGCCAUGAAAGAAGAAAUCGUUAGGGCAAGUUAGUUCUGAGACGACUUGAUACCAUCUUUCCUAAGAUGGUUGAAUAAUAAAUUGUUGUAUGAAUGUAGUUUGAUGGUGUUUGCACUCUUCAAACCUAUAUGUUAAAUAAAGGAAACAUAACAAGUUAUGCUCACCUUUG